CACCCACCGAGAGACCCCCUUUUCAAACCAACCCUCCCCCUCAUUCCCCUCACCCCUCUUCCCUUUCUCUCCCCUCCUUCCCUAAACCCCUUCAGUCUCGUCCCCCUUCACUUUCCACCAUGCUCUCCGGCAUCCUCGUCUUCAACCAAAAGGGCGAGAAUCUCAUCUUCCGCUCGUUCCGCAGCGACUGCCGGCCGCGCCUGGCCGACAUCUUCCGCAUCCAGGUCAUCUCCAACCCGCAGGUGCGCUCGCCGAUCCUGACCCUGGGCUCAACAACCUUCAGCCAUGUCAAGCACGAGAACAUCUACCUGGUCGCGGUGACCAAGAGCAACGCCAAUGCCGCGCUGGUCUUCGAGUUUCUGUAUCGCCUGGUGAUGCUGGGGCGGAGCUAUUUCGGGAAGUUCGACGAGGAGGCCGUGAAGAAUAACUUUGUGCUGAUUUACGAGUUGUUGGAUGAAAUCCUCGAUUAUGGCUAUCCGCAGAACACGGAAACCGACACGCUGAAGAUGUACAUCACGACGGAAGGGGUACGGUCGGCGAUCGCCAACUCCGCGACGGACUCGAGCCGGAUCACUAUGCAAGCGACGGGGGCGCUGUCGUGGCGGCGGUCGGACGUGAAAUACCGCAAGAACGAGGCAUUUGUGGACGUGAUCGAGGACGUGAACCUGCUGAUGUCGGCGACGGGGACGGUGCUGCGCGCGGACGUGAACGGGCAGAUCGUGAUGCGGGCGUACCUGUCCGGCACGCCGGAGUGCAAAUUCGGGCUCAACGAUCGGUUGUUGUUGGAUGGGGACUCGGCCGGGGGUGGGAGUGGUGGUGGUGGGAGUGGGAGCUCGUUCGGCGGUGGCGGCAGCAGCGGGAUGGUGUCCGGCAACCGGGAUGGGACGACGAAAGCGACGCGCGCGGCGGCGGGCUCGGUCACGCUGGAGGACUGCCAGUUCCACCAGUGCGUGAAGCUGGGCCGGUUCGACGCGGACCGCAUCAUCUCGUUCGUGCCGCCGGACGGGGAGUUCGAGCUGAUGCGCUACCGCGCCACGGAGAACGUCAACCUCCCCUUCAAGGUGCACCCGAUCGUGCGCGAGGUCGGCACCACCAAGGUCGAGUACAGCGUCGCCAUCAAGGCCAACUACAGCUCCAAGCUGUUCGCCACCAACGUCGUCAUCCGCAUCCCCACCCCGCUCAACACGGCCAAGACCACCGAGCGCACCAGCCAGGGCCGCGCCAAGUACGAGCCCGAACAUAACAACAUCGUCUGGAAGAUCGCCCGCUUCUCCGGCGGCAGCGAGUACGUGCUCACGGCCGAGGCGACGCUGACCAGCAUGACCCACCAGAAGGCCUGGAGUCGGCCCCCGCUCAGCCUGUCGUUCAGUCUGCUCAUGUUCACCAGUUCGGGGCUGCUGGUGCGCUAUCUCAAGGUCUUCGAGAAGAGCAAUUACAGCAGCGUCAAGUGGGUGCGGUAUAUGACUCGAGCAGGAAGCUAUGAGAUUCGAUUUUAGCUUGUUCACUGUUACUGCAGGCAGAGCAGGUCAGAGCGGUUCCGACUCACGGUGAGAAAGAAAAGGGCCAAUGCGAGCAAAACGAAGAUUUCAACCCGAUAUCCAUGUAUUCCACCCCUACAUUUUAUUAGUACUUCCAGGUCCACAUCAUCGAGCUGGGCGUUCUGGCGUUUGUUUUUUUGUUUUCUUUUUUUGUCCGUGUCUGCAUAUUUAAAUCUUCUGUCUUUGGUCGGGCUGAGGUGAAAAGAGACAAUAACAAGAACUGCAUAAUGAAUCCCAGUACGAAC